UCUGCGUGUGGGUUCUGUAGUAUGUGCGUUGAAGAAAAGCUCCUCUCCCACUGGCUGCUAUGACCUAGCUACCCGGACGACACUUUCUGUUUUCGGGACUGACCGCUGCGUCUCAAACAGUUUUGUAGCGUUUUUUGCCGAUCAUACAUUCAGCACACAGUCGUUUAUGGGUCGCAUUGCCGCGACUUUUUAAUCGAAGCUGCUGGCCCCUUAGGCUAGCUGGCUAGCAGAGCGGUGACAGAGUGGAGCCAGCUGGUCGGACAGAGGUACAGUAACGUUAGCAAACAAGCUAAUUAGCCCCGUAAGACUGAGCCUGGAUUACUGUCUUUAUUCAAAGAGAACGCAAGUCUGCGGGUUUGACUCACUGCGGCAAAAUGAAGAUAACUGUGGAUUUCGAGGAAUGUUUGAAGGACUCCCCGCGGUUCAGAGCAACCAUAGAGGAAGUGGAGGGGGAUGUGUGUGAGUUGGAAUCUAAGCUUGACAAAUGGAUCCCUGCUGAGCAGAGAGUAUGUUCCCUAGCUGAGGGCGAGACUUCGAGCUUGGAAGAUCCCAGUUCAUUGUUCCUGGACUUACAGUCUUGCAGAGUACCACCCUCCUCCUCACUCCACCUCUGUGACUCAGCCCCGGCCUCACUUCCCCUCUUGCUCUGGAGAGGAAGGAUCUGCAGGGGAGUGGUUGGUGAAGUUAUGUAUUGGGAUGAUUGAUGCUGGAAAAGCCUACAAUGCAGCCAACAAGCAGUUUGUUAGCGGAAUCCGGGAGCUAGCCCAGCAGUCCACCAAAGAUGAGGUCAUCGAGUCCAGUCUCACAAAGUUUGCUGAGAGCCUGCAGGAGAUGAUCAACUAUCACACGAUAUUAUUCGAUCAGGCCCAGAGAUCAAUCAAGACCCAGCUUCAAACAUUUGUGAAAGAUGACUUACGCAAGUUCAAAGAAGCCAAGAAGCAAUUUGACAAAGUGAGUGAAGAAAAGGAGGCGGCCCUGAUCAAGAAUGCCCAGGCUCCCCGUAACAAACAGCAUGAGGUGGAGGAGGCCACCAACAUCCUCACUGCCACACGCAAGUGCUUCCGACACAUCGUCCUCGACUACGUCUUACAGAUCAAUGUGCUACAAUCCAAGAGAAGAUCAGAAAUUCUGAAAUCGAUGCUGUCCUUCAUGUACGCCCACCUGACGUUCUUCCACCAAGGUUACGACCUCUUCAGUGAACUUCAACCUCUAAUGAAACUGCUUGGAGGACAGUUGGACCAGCUGGUGGUGGAUGCUGCCAAAGAGAAGAGGGACAUGGAGCAGAAACACUCCACCAUCCAGCAAAAGGCUGCACUGCAGGAGGUGACUGAGCUCCACUCUGUACCAGACUGCCGCAACUUUUGCGCUUGGAGGUCGUCCUCUGACUUCUCGAAUGACGACACCAAGCUGGAGUACAAUGUGGACGCAGACAAUGGCAUCGCCAUGGAGGGUUAUCUCUUUAAGAGGGCCAGCAAUGCCUUCAAGACAUGGAAUAGGCGUUGGUUCUCCAUCCAGAACAAUCAGCUAGUUUACCAGAAGAAAUUUAAGGACAACCCUACAGUGGUGGUAGAAGACCUGAGACUAUGUACAGUCAAACACUGUGAGGACAUAGAGCGUCGCUUCUGUUUUGAAGUGGUGUCACCCACCAAGAGCUGUAUGAUGCAGGCUGACUCAGAGAAACUGCGACAGGCCUGGAUCAAAGCCGUCCAGAACAGCAUCGCCACCGCCUUCCGUGACAAGGGAGAAGAGGGCGAGAAGCUGGAUAGGAAGUCAUCCACAUCAACAGGGAGCCUGGACUCUGGCGGGGAGCCGAAGGAGAGAUCGCUGAAGGGAGAGAGUGCCCUGCAGAAGGUCCUGGCGAUCCCAGGCAAUGCCUGCUGCUGCGACUGUGGCCAGCCAGACCCCCGCUGGGCCAGCAUCAAUCUGGGAAUCACCCUGUGUAUACAGUGCUCUGGAAUCCACAGGAGUCUGGGAGUGCAUUUCUCUAAGGUUCGGUCUUUGACUUUGGAUACAUGGGAGCCAGAGCUACUAAAGCUGAUGUGUGAACUGGGAAAUGGAGUGAUCAACCAGAUCUAUGAGGCUCGGCGAGAAGAGCUAGGAGCCAGAAAACCACAGCCGGGAGAUCCAAGACAUGAGGUAGAGGCCUACAUCAAAGCCAAAUAUGUGGACCGCCGGUUUGUACGCCGGCCGUCAGAUGAGGAGCUUCGCAACAAAGUUGUUUCUCUGAGCAAACAGGAGAAAAGGCUGAGCAGCAGCUCAGAGCAUCUGCCUCCAAGACCGCCACCACCCACCCCGAAACUCCGACCUGGCUCAAACGUCUCUGGACAGUCAGCAGUUGCCAGCGGCUCGGAGGCCCGCCGCGACUCUCUCUUCUGUCCUGACGAGCUUGACUCGCUCUUCUCCUACUUUGACAACUCAGCCAAGCUCAGGAGCAUAAAGAGUGCAGACAGCGGCAUCCAGAACAGUGCUGAUGGGAGCAGGGAAAUGCUGGCCAACACCGCGUCCAAUAACAGCUUGGCAGAUGCAGAGGCUGCUGAGGCUCCGCCCAUGGCCAUGCCCGCCACACUGCCUCCGCCGUCACCCUGUAAGGAGAUGGUUUUCUACGAGCCCAAAGAGUACAGCCAGGGUCUUCAGCUCUACUGGGCCUCAUGUGCCCGCAGCCUGCCGGACAUGGCGGAGGCACUGGCCCAUGGAGCCGAGGUCAACUGGGUCAACACGGAGGACGACAAGAGGACGCCGCUAAUCAUGGCAGUGCAAGGGGGUUCGCUGGUCACCUGCGAGUUUCUGCUCCAAAAUGCAGCUAAUGUGAACCAGCAGGACGCUCAGGGCCGAGGACCCCUCCACCACGCCACCAUGCUGGGACACACAGGACAAGUGUGUUUAUUCUUAAAAAGAGGAGCAAAUCAAAAUGCUGCAGACAUCGAUGAGAAAACACCUUUGACAAUAGCGGUGGAGGCGGCCAAUGCAGACAUCGUCACACUGUUGCGACUGGCCAAGAUGAACGAGGAGAUGCGAGAGGCGGAGGGGCCCUACAGCCAGUCAGGAGAUGAAACGUACCAGGACAUUUUCCAGGAUUUCACCCACAUGGCCUCCAACGACCCGGACAAGCUGAACCGAUACCAGCAGUACGAUCCGCAAAAGCCCUGACAGAACAGGAAUGCCGUCCACUAGCACUCAGAGACUAGAACCAAUGAGCGACAAGAUCGUGUCUGGAAAGACAUUGUCCAGUUUCCCUCCAACACCAUCGAGCGUUGAUGCCGGUUAGUGCUGCCACAGCUGAACUAACGUCACUAUAUCUGACGUGGCCGAAGCUUUCAUCACAUUUAUUUCAUUAGACAUGUCGCUCAAGUGAAGGGGAACCUUUGUGAACGGCAACCCUCUUUUAAAACUGUGCUUCCCAGUAGGACCUAUUACAUUAAGUGAAUGGUACAGUGUUAAGUCCUAAAAAGAAAAUCAAUUGAUAGUUGAACUUGGUCUGAAUGUAGAGUCACUUAUUUUGACCAAGGUUGAUUUGUUUUGUGUCACACCUCCUGGCAGAAGAAAAUGUCUUUCUUUCUUUUUUAAACAGGUGAGUGUUUGACAUACUGUAAAAUACUCAUUCAACAUUUUUAAGUGCUUCCUUUUCUUCAAUAGGACUCUUGAUGAGCAUAGGCAAACGCUACAGGAUCUUUUUGUAUCAAAGUUCUGCUUUAGUGAACUCUCAGCAGUGUAUUCACGGCAAUAUGCUUUUACUUAUUUGCACAAGUCCGUUUGUCUUAAAUUGCCACUGAUGUUUACCAGUUUUGAUGGUAAGACUUUGACGUGUUAUACUAUGUACAGUGAUUAUAGAAGUCAACAUGUUAUUGAUGCAUCUGAAAUGUUAAAUAGAUAGUAGUUUUUGUGAUUUUUUUUUAAUUUUUUUUUUUUUAAUGCUAAUUAUUUUUUAACUUGGAAUGAUUUUACAUUUUCCACUGUUGUUACCACAUCAGUACCUGCAGCUCGUGACAGUGAGGCAAUCAGCCCUUCAGUUAUGUGGAAUCAAAAUAGUUUCAGUCUUUUUAAGACUAUUCAUUUGUUGAUUCAGUCUCAUGCUGAUAUGAGAUUAAAAAGUUAAGACAUAACGUUGAAGAGCCUUACAUUAGUAUGGACCCAAAGCAAAUAGAGGCUAUUUUAUUUGUUGAUUCUAGAAAUACAAAUAAUAUUUUUACAGGUUAGUAACAAUUUCCUGAGAAGUUUCUUUUCUUCACAACUGUGUAGCAGCUUCAUUAACCCAGAUAAUAGUUUGUUUAAUAUUCUCAACUUCAAUUUGAAAUCCUUAAGAUUUCAGUCCUGAUUGAUUUGGUGAAAAAUGGUGGUUACCAUGGUAACAGCAAGUUCUCAUACUAUAGAAAACAUGAGAUGAGCAGCUACACUGUCGUGAAUAGAGACAUGUAAAUAGUGUAUCUAUUCACAGCGCAGCCAAACAAACUCAAGAGAGUCGGUCUGUGAUCUGUCUGUGGUGACACGAUCACAUUUCGUUCUGCACAUGGUGCUUGUAGUUUACAAUAACGGACGCAGUGGAGUUGGUCAUGGAGUCGCCUGCAGCUCGUCAUCUCAGCGCUCACUGUGGCUGCUCCUACCUGGCAUACUUAAUGCCGACUGACUAGAAAAAAACAAUCGCUGGAUGACAUGUAUGAAACGUCUCCGGCGAAUCUUUGUUUGUGGAUAAGCAAUUUGAAUGGAGUGCACAUUUGGCGCACCCUGCCGCUAACAAUGAAAAAAAAAAUACACUAUAAACCAAUGAUCGCAGGAUGUUGAUACAUGGAAUGACUGUUGCUGAACAACGCAGAGCACAAAUUGCAUCAAAAUUGAGUUUGAUUCCAUGAAACUUGAGGAUUAUAACUGUAGUUCUCCAUAUAUGUUGAAUUUAUUGAUUCCUCUUGACAAACUUGAAUUUUUUUGCAUGUUCUGCUGACCUGCUGUGCACUAAUUGAAAGACUCUGUUAUGAAGGCAGAUAAAUGAAUUGAAUCAAAUGGAAGUGUAGCAAUAAAACAGCGUCUGUGUUUCCCUAUCAGGAGAAAAUUACAGGACUUCCAAGGAAACUUUCCAGGAAACAAUUAAAGAAAUUACUGACCUGUAAAAUAAAGUGUUAGAGAAAUACUGCACAUACAGAUAUGUUUGGAAAUAUCAUAAAACUGGAAAUUCAGUUUUAAUUUAAUCAUUAGAGAAACAUUUUCUUGAUAGAAUAAUCGAUCGACAUCCGGCGACUUCAUUGAAAUAAAUCCUGCAGUUUUCAUGACAGAGUUCAUGUACUGUAUUGUCGGGUCUGUGAUUUUGUUUUUUUUGCCUUGUAAAAUCUUCACUUCUCUUUAACAGUAAGAUAUGAUAUGGAGCACACAGGAAACAUUUAGCCAAUGAAACAUGGGAUACAAUUCUUGUACAUUUUGUACAGAUGCUUUUGAACUCUGCAGAGAAGUGAAGUAUAAAGUUAGUGGUACUUGAAUCAUUGAAUAAGCUUUUGUAUAUGCUGUUCUUUGUAUCCUUUGGUAAUUUUAGCCCAUUUUAUAUUGCCUGUCUGUAUACCACUAUACAUGUACUGUAUAUUCUACCUGUAAUAUGUAAGAACUUCAAUACACAUGGUCAGAGGAUUCAUCAUGAA